AUGACAACAGAGACAGGCCCGGAUUCUGAGGUGAAGAAGGCUCAGGAGGAGACCCCACAGCAGCCUGAGGCAGCCGCUGCGGCGACCACCCCUGUGACCCCUGCAGGCCACGGCCACCCCGAGGCCAACUCCAAUGAGAAGCACCCGCCCCAGCAGGACACUCGGCCUGCUGAACAGAGCCUAGACAUGGAGGAGAAGGGCUAUGGGGAGGCUGAUGGCCUGUCAGAGAGGACCACACCCAGCAGAGCCCAGAAAUCACCCCAGAAGAUUGCCAAGAAGUACAAGAGUGCCAUCUGCCGAGUCACCCUGCUUGAUGCCUCUGAGUACGAGUGUGAAGUGGAGAAACAUGGCCGGGGACAGGUGCUGUUUGACCUGGUCUGUGAGCACCUCAACCUCCUGGAGAAGGACUACUUCGGCCUGACCUUCUGUGACGCUGAUAGCCAGAAGAACUGGCUGGACCCCUCCAAGGAAAUCAAAAAGCAGAUUCGGAGCAGCCCCUGGAAUUUUGCCUUCACGGUCAAGUUCUACCCCCCUGAUCCUGCCCAGCUGACAGAAGACAUCACAAGAUACUACCUGUGCCUGCAGCUGCGGGCGGACAUCAUCACAGGCCGGCUGCCCUGCUCCUUCGUCACACAUGCCCUGCUGGGCUCCUACGCUGUGCAGGCUGAGCUGGGUGACUACGAUGCUGAGGAGCAUGUAGGCAACUAUGUCAGUGAGCUCCGUUUUGCCCCCAACCAGACCCGGGAGCUGGAGGAGAGGAUCAUGGAGCUGCACAAGACGUACAGGGGCAUGACUCCAGGAGAAGCAGAAAUCCACUUCUUAGAGAACGCCAAGAAGCUUUCCAUGUAUGGCGUAGACCUGCACCAUGCCAAGGACUCCGAGGGCAUUGACAUCAUGUUGGGAGUCUGUGCCAAUGGCCUGCUUAUCUACCGGGACCGGCUGAGAAUCAACCGCUUUGCCUGGCCCAAGAUUCUCAAGAUCUCCUAUAAGAGGAGUAACUUCUAUAUCAAGAUCCGGCCUGGGGAGUACGAGCAGUUUGAGAGCACAAUUGGCUUUAAACUCCCAAACCACCGGUCAGCCAAGAGGCUGUGGAAGGUCUGCAUCGAGCACCACACAUUCUUCCGGCUGGUGUCACCUGAGCCCCCACCCAAGGGCUUCCUGGUGAUGGGCUCCAAGUUCCGGUAUAGUGGGAGGACCCAGGCACAGACCCGCCAGGCCAGCGCCCUCAUUGAUCGGCCCGCGCCCUUCUUUGAGCGUUCCUCCAGCAAACGGUACACCAUGUCCCGCAGCCUUGAUGGAGCGGAGUUCUCCCGCCCAGCCUCGGUUAGUGAGAACCAUGACGCAGGACCCGAUGGUGACAAGCAAGAGGAGGAUGGCGAGUCUGGGGGUAGGCGGUCAGAGGCCGAGGAGGGAGAGGUCAGGACUCCCACCAAGAUCAAGGAGCUAAAGCCUGGCAGAGACCAGAGCCUAAGACACAAGCAGGAGUUCUUAGACAAGCCAGAAGAUGUCUUGCUCAAGCACCAGGCAAGCAUAAAUGAGCUCAAGAGGACCCUGAAGGAACCCAACAGCAAACUGAUCCACCGGGAUCGAGACUGGGAACGGGAGCGCAGGCUGCCCUCCUCGCCCGCCUCCCCCUCCCCCAAGGGCACUCCUGAGAAAGCCAAUGAGGAAGGAUGCACAGAACUCGAGCUCGUGUCCCCUGAUUCAGGCUGUGAAACUGCGCUGGAGGUAGCCACUGGGGGAACUGGCCACAACACAUCCGGAGAUGCGGUCAGGGAAGAGAAGCACAUCACCAGCUUAGCAGCAAACCCCCCUGGAAAAGGGGGGCGCCUGAGAUUCGCCAGCCCCUCGGGCCCUCAGAGAGCAGGGCUAAGGGAGGGCUCAGAGGAGAAGGUCAAACCGCCCCGUCCCAAGGCCCCAGAGAGUGACACGGGAGACGAGGACCAGGACCAGGAGAGGGACGCGGUGUUCCUGAAAGACAACCACCUGGCGAUUGAGCGUAAGUGCUCCAGCAUCACUGUCAGCUCCACAUCCAGCCUGGAGGCUGAGGUUGACUUCACGGUCAUUGGUGACUACCACGGCAGCGCCUUUGAAGACUUCUCCCGCAGCCUGCCUGAGCUCGACCGAGACAAAAGUGACUCCGAAACUGAGGGCCUGGUGUUCUCCCGGGAUCUCAGCAAGGGGGGCCCCAGCCAGGAAGACGAGUCUGGGGGCAUCGAGGAUAGCCCAGAUCGAGGGGCCUGCGCCACCCCAGAUAUGCCCCAGUUUGAGCCUGUGAAAACAGAAACCAUGACUGUCAGCAGCCUGGCCAUCAGAAAGAAGAUUGAGCCAGAGGCUGUACUGCAGACCAGAGUCACCACUGUGGACAGCACCCAGCAGGUUGAUGGGACUGCCCCAGGGGGAAAGGAGUCCAUAACAACUGCUCCCUCCAUCACCACGGAGACCAUAUCAACCACCAUGGAGAACAGUCUCAAGUCCGGGAAGGGGGCAGCUGCCAUGAUCCCAGGCCCACAGACGGUGGCCACGGAAAUCCGUUCUCUUUCUCCGAUCAUCGGGAAAGAUGUCCUCACCAGCACCUACGGCGCCACCGCGGAAACCCUCUCCACCUCCACCACCACCCAUGUUACCAAAACUGUGAAAGGGGGGUUUUCUGAGACGAGGAUCGAGAAGCGAAUCAUCAUCACUGGGGAUGAAGAUGUUGAUCAAGACCAGGCCCUGGCAUUGGCCAUCAAGGAGGCCAAACUUCAGCAUCCUGACAUGCUGGUAACCAAAGCUGUCGUAUACAGAGAAACAGACCCGUCCCCGGAGGAGAGGGACAGGAAGCCACAGGUCACUGGAUGUUGCUAA